AACAGCAGAGGAGGGCAGUGAUGAGAUCACCAAUAUCUUUAAUCUCCUUUCUGACCAAACGCUGCCACUCUUCCCAGUGGCAUCAAGAAAGGCUCUUAUAGCCAAAAAAACAAGUCACCUUUUUUCUUUUUCCCCCUUUUUCCUAUCCUUCACAGCCCUCCCAUUUGCUUAUACAGCUGCCCUGCCCUGCCCUGCCCUGCCCUGCUCUUUCUCUUCUAUCAAAAAAAAAAAAAAUGAAAACUUUGCAGGAAAAUUACUGGGAGGGUUCCUGAAUUUGGACUCUCUGCUUCUUCAACCGAAAGGUACAAAAGCAAAAUUAUCAGUUCUCUUACUCGGUACUAUCUCUCCAUAAGUACUUCUUUGCAGUUGCAGUAGUUGUAAUAGUUGUUGUACUAGCAGUAGAGAUAGAGCAAAUAGAGCAGGAGCAGCAGAGCAGGAGCAGCAGCAGCCUAUAUAAAUAAAGGCUCUCUGGAAAGGGAAAAAGAAAUAUAGAGAGAUGGGUUAGGCUAAGUGAGAGGGUAGCUUAGCCUUUUGGGUCUAGUAUUUUUGAGUUUUUCUUGUGUGGUUGAGGGGUGAUGGAAUUAGGAAGGUUGAAUGGCAGGGCCUUUUGGAAGAGGCAGCAGCAGUAUCAGAUUUCAGAAUUGUGGCAGCAGAAGCAGCAUAACAAAGAAGAGGAAAGUAGUGGAGAACAGAGUGAGCAAACAGCAACAGCCCACUAAGAAUAAAAAGUUUUCUCACCAUCAAUCAAAAGCUGGAACAUCAACAAAAGCAUCACAAGGGUCUGAGUCUGGAUCCUCAGAGGAAUCAUCAUCAUCAUCAUUAUCCGAACCCAAACCAACCAUCCCAAGUCCCUAUCUCUGCAGGACGACAAGAAGAAGACGUGGAAGAAGAGGAAGAACAAGAACAAGAACAAGACCAAGCCCACCAACAAUCCCAACUGCUCCUAAACCAUCAGCUGCUCUAUUUAUCAGCAGCACCGCCAGAAACAUCCCAGCCACCAAAGAAACGCUCCUACUUCCCUUCUUCGUCUUCAACCGAACCGGAAGACUACGAACAUGCGAGAUUGCGAGAGAAAAUGGGAGAAAAUUUUCACCACCACCACCAACUUCAACAGCAGCAGCAGCAGCAACCCACAACCCGCCAAAGUUCUUCAAGACUAAGCGGUUUAAGGAACAGCACUGGGGCCGGCGAGAUCGUGGAAGUCCAAGGCGGGCACAUUGUGAGGUCUACGGGGCGCAAAGACCGCCACAGCAAGGUCUGCACUGCCAAAGGCCCAAGGGACCGCCGUGUGAGGCUAUCUGCCCACACUGCCAUUCAAUUCUACGAUGUCCAAGACCGCCUUGGCUACGACCGCCCCAGUAAAGCUGUCGAUUGGCUCAUCAAGAAAGCCAAGUCUGCUAUUGAUGAGCUUGCCGAACUACCUGCUUGGCAUCCCACAACUGGUUCAGUGGCAGCAAACACGAGUUUUGAGCAAGACCAGCAAGCCCAAAAAAGUCGAGCUGAUAAUCUUCAAAACCAGCAGCAGCAACAUUUAGGUGUCACCCACCAUGAUGAUGUGGUGCGCGCUGCUAUUGCUGCUGGCCCUUCUAGUAAAAGGGUAAUGCCAAUGUUGGGCAGUGAAAAUGCCCAACAGGGCUUGCACCAAACUGAUAGUGCUGCAAAUCCAAGUGGAAAUAGCUCGAGUUUUCUGCCUCCUUCUCUGGACUCGGACUCAAUUGCUGAUACUAUCAAGUCCUUUUUCCCAAUGGGGGCUUCUGCUGAGGCUAAUUCCUCAGCUAUGCAAUUUCAGAGCUUUCCACCUCCAGAUUUGCUCUCAAGAACCAGUAGUCACCCCCAAGAUCUGCGGCUUUCUUUGCAGUCAUUUCAAGAUCCCAUUUUGCUCCACCAUCACAACCAACAACAAGCUCAGCAUCAUCAGAACCAUCCCACAAGCCAACACCCUGAACAAGGUGAGGCCCUUUUCUCUGGAAAUACUCAACUUGGUGGGUAUGAUGCUGCAGCCUGGGCUGAACACCACCAGCAGCCUGCAGAAUUAGGCCGGUUUCAUCAGAGACUGAGUGCUUGGAAUGCCAGUGGAGACGGUGGUGGUGCAGGAGCAGGAGGAUACUUGUUCAAUUCGCAGGCGACGCCUCAGCCUUUCCUGCAGCAAUUGUUCGGCCAAAACCAGCUUUUUUCUCAGAGGGGACCCCUUCAGUCCAGUAAUACACCUUCAAUUCGUGCUUGGAUGGAUCCAUCAGCUAUAUCCAUCGCCACUGCAGAUCAUCACAUUCCACACCAUCAGGCAGUGCUGCCAAUUUAUCCAUCGUCGAUAUCUGGCAUUGGAUUUGCCCCUGGAGUAGGCGGAUUCUCAGGGUUCCGCAUUCCUGCACGAAUUCAAGGUGAAGAAGAGGAGCACGAUGGCAUAUCAGACAAGCCAUCCUCUGCUUCCUCAGAUUCUCGCCAUUGAGUUAGCUCAAAACAACUGCAAUUUCCCUCUCUUUUUGCAUUACAGCUUAAUUUGCAGGAGUUAAAUUGCAGUUGCGGUGGGCAAUCUUGGAGUUCCAAGUUUUCAGCUUUGUCGCUGCUAGAGCUUCAAAAUUGCUGCAAUUGGAGCAGAGAGAAUUCAGUGAGUUUAACUCAAUAAUGGCGCCUACCACGGGAAGAAGAAUUCUGAGUGUAGUUUCAGGUUUUUCAAUCCCGGUUUAGCAUGCUAUGUUAAAUUUGUUUAACUUCCCAGCUUUAGCUUCAUGUUUAAACGAGCUCUUGUAGCUCAACUUUGUUAAGUUAUUUGGAAUUUGCUUUGUGUCUGUUGGUUUUGUGGUGAUGCUUGCUUCAGUUUCUCUUUAUGAACUAGAAUUGCUGAAAAUGUUCCAAUGUGUUCGAUGAAUAUGUUCAUGUGACGCCUUAGAGCGAAUUUCAGAUUGCUGUUGCUGUCA